AUGCCUCGCAAGCAACGAAGCUUCUCCUCUAAGAGCAGAAAUGUCAAAGCAGCAGCAGCAGCAGCUGCUGCUGCUGCUGCAGCAGCAGCAGCAGCAGCAGGAAGUGGUGGUGCUGCUGUUGAAACUACAGCAGCAACAGCAGCAACAGCAGCAGCAGCAGCAGCAGCAGAGGAAGCAGCACAGCGAGAUAGCAGCAGCACCUGCAGCAGCCUCUAUCUCAGCAGCAAUGACCGUUCUGCUGCUGCUUUCAACAGCAGCAGCAGCAGCAGCAGCAGCAGCAGCAGCAGCACAGCAGCAGCAGCAGCAGCAGCACACUUCAACAGCAGCAGCAGCAGCAGCAGCAGCAGCAGCAGCAGCAGCACAGCAGCAGCAGCAGCAGCAGCACACUUCAAAGCUCUUCUUAAAGCCCUAGAAGGAGUAGCAGCAGAAAGAAAAAGAAAAAGCAGAAAGGUAGAUAGCCAGGAGUUGCUGCUGCAUUUCAUGCAGCACAUAUCAUCACCAGCAAUGGAGGAGCUGCAGCGGCAGCAGCAGCAGCAGCAGCAGCUUGUGCUGCAGCAGCAGCAGCAGCAGCAGCAGCAGCAGCAAGAACCCUCUCUCCUCUCAGGCGCUAAGUGGCACGAAGCUGCUUGGGUUUCGCUGCUGCAGCAAGCAAUGCAGCAGCCAGCAGCAGCAGCAGCAACAGCAGCAGCAGCAGCAGCAACAGAAGCAGCAGCAGCAGAAGGGAAAGAAGAAGAAGCAGCAGCAGCAGCAGCAGCAGCAGAAGGAGAAGCUGUAUCACACUGCAGCAAAACCGCACCGCAGCAGCAGCAGCAGCAGCAGGAGUUGAAAAAGGAGGAGGAACAGCAGCAGCAACAGCAGCAGCAGCAGCAGCAGCUGCUGCAGCAGCAGCAGGAGGCGGAGCAGCAGAAAGACAGACUAGCUGAGGUUGGAGUUAUGUUUGCUGCUCAGCAGCAGCAGAUGUAUCUCUCGCUGCUGCUGCUGCAGCAGCCUGAUUGGGUUGCUGCUGCUUUUGCUGCUCUUGAGGACCUGCUGCCUCUUGCUGCUGAGGAGAGUCCUGUACUAGCAGCAGCAGCAGCAGCAGAUGCAGCAGCAGCAGCAGCAGCAGCAGCAAACUCACACCAACACCAGCAGCACCAGCAGCAGCAGCAGCAGCAGCAGCAGCAGCAGCAGCAGCAGCAGCAGCAGGAGCUGGGGGCCUUUGUUGCAGCAACAGAAGCAGAAGCAGAUGCACUCAGAAUUAAAUACUUUCAGACUGUCUUCGAUGUCUCAGAUGCAGCAGCACUUGCUGCUGCUAGCAGCAGCCUGGGUUAUCGAGACAAGAAAAAGGAGAAGCGUUUGUGUCGUGCUGUUGCUGCUUUUUAUUUAUUAGUUUCUGUUGCUGCAUCAGAGUUUACAGCUCCUGCUGCUGCUGCUCUCUGCUGCAGCAGCAAACUGCUGCGUGCUGCUGCUCCCCUCAUCGCCAUCGCAUGCAGCAAGGGGGGCCUCCUAGCUGUUGUUGUUCUUAGGGCCCUUAUGCAGGCUAUCUCUGCUGCACCUGAUGCAGCAGCAGCAGCAGCAGCAGCAGCAGCAGCAGCAGCAGAUUCGGAAUUCACAGCUCCUGCUGCUGCUGCUCUUUGCUGCAGCAGCAAACUGCUGCGUGCUGCUGCUCCCCUCAUCGCUAUCGCAUGCAGCAAGGGGGGCCUCCUAGCUGUUGUUGUUCUUAGGGCCCUCAUGCAGGCUAUCUCUGCUGCACCUGAUGCAGCAGCAGCAGCAGCAGCAGCAGCAGCAGCAGCAGCAGAUACUGCAGCAGCAGCAGAAACAGCAGCAGCAGCAGAAACAGCAGCAGCAGCAACAGAAACAGCAGCAGCAGCAACAGAAACAGCAGCAGCAGCAGAACCAGCAGCAGCAGCAGCACCCCCUCCUUCCCCCCCCGCACCCCCACCAUCACCACCAUCAUCAGCAGCAGCAGGAGCAGCAGCAGCAGCAGCAGCAGCAGCACCAAUAUCUAUAUUAUCUGUAUAUCCUUUAUCUAUAUUAUCUCUGUCAGAUACUGCAGCAGCAGCAGAAACAGCAGCAGCAGCAACAGAAACAGCAGCAGCAGCAGAACCAGCAGCAGCAACCAGUCCUUCUCCCCCCCCACCAUCAUCACCACCAUCAUCAUCAGCAGCAGCAGCAGGAGCAGCAGCAGCAGCAGCAGCACCAAUAUCUAUAUUAUCUGUAUAUCCUUUAUCUAUAUUAUCUCUGUUGCAGCUAACCCUAAGAGAGCAAGCAACAGACCCCAGAGGGGUUGAGGGGUGUGCUUACUGCAUGCGUUCUGACAACACUGCUCGUUUUCUUCGUUUGUUUAACUCGGAGCAUGCAGGAGCUCCUGCUGCUGCUGCUGCUGCUGCUGCUGCUCCUGCUGCUGCUGCUGCUGCUGCAAGUAAGGAUUGCAUGCGUUCUGACAACACUGCUCGUUUUCUUCGUUUGUUUAAUUCGGAGCAUGCGGGAGCUCCUGCUGCUGCUGCUGCUGCUGCUGCUGCUCCUGCUGCUGCUGCUGCUGCUGCAAGUAAGGAGUUGCAGCAGCAGCCGCUUACCCCGUGGGAGGUGGAGCAGCAGCAGCAGCAGCAGCUGCUGCUGCUGCUGCAGCAAGAAGCAGAAGAAGCACGCAAAGAAAAAACAGCAAGGUUUCGUUAUGUGCUGGAGCAGCGGCGGCAGCAAAAGAAGCAGCAGCAGCAGCAGCAGCAGCAGCAGCUGCUGCUGCUGCAGCAGCAGCAGCAAACACAACCGACAGCAAGGUUUCGUUAUGUGCUGGAGCAGCGGCGGCAGCAGAAGAAGCAGCAGCAGCAGCAGCAGCAGCAGCAGCUGCUGCUGCUGCAGCAGCAGCAGCAAACACAACCCUGGCCUCUCUCUAUGCUCCUUGCUGCUGGCGUUGUUAAUAAGUGGCUGCUGCGGGCCGCUCUGUGGGGUCCCCUUCAGCAGCAGCAGCAGCAGCAGCAGCAGCAGCAGCAGCAGCAGCAGCAGCAGCAGCAAAACAGCAGUUUGCUGCUGAGCUUAAGGGAGGCUUUGGGUGCUGGUGCUGCUGUCUGCAGCGAUGCAGUAGUACAGCAGCAGCAGCAGCAGCAGCAGCAGCAGCAGCAUCGGCAGCAGCAAAAGGGAGGCAGGAAGGGCAGGCAGAAGCACCGCAAUACGAAGCAAGGUGCUGCUGCUGCAGCAGCAGCAGCAGCAGCAGCAGAAGCAGCAGCAGCAGCAGCAGCAGCAGAGGAAGCAACAACAGAAGCAACCCUAGCAGAGCCGGAGAGCCCCCCUGAUACCCCAAGCUCUAAUGCAGCAGCAGAAACAGCAGCAGCAGCAACACCAACAGCAACAGCAGCAGCAACAGCACCAGCAGCAGCAGCAGCAGCAGCAACAGCAGCAGAAGAGGAAGCAACUGCUGCAGCAGCAGAAGGAAGCAGCCUCCCGCUGCGCCGCGAGCGCGGCAACGAAACUACCACCACCACCACCACCAGCAGCAGCAGCAGCAACAGCAGCAGCAGCAGCAGCAGCAGCAGCAGCAGCAGCAGCAGAACAGCUCCGUUUUGUGACGUUGAUUUGUUUGUCUCUUCCUUUAAGGAAGAGACAGCCUCUCCCCUGCUGCUAACGGCUCCGUUUUGUGACGUUGAUUUGUUUGUCUCUUCCUUUAAGGAAGAGACAGCCUCUCCCCUGCUGCUGCUCUGCCCCCGCUGCUGUGCUGUUGCUUACUGCAGCAACGCAUGCAGAGACAGAGACAAACAAAUGCAUGCGCUACUAUGCACGCCCAACUGUCUCUCCGUGCUGCAGUAG